UUUUGUUUUGCUCAGCGUGCGGUGCCCUUAGUACUUUUUCUGGUGGAAAUGGGCAAGAGCAAGAAGCAGGUGCGCGAGUUCAAUGCCGCCAAGGAAGCUGUCGAGGCCACUAAAGCCCAGUUGAACACUUGCAACGAUGCCUAUACGAGCGGGGCCUUUAAAUAUCUGAGAUUCCUUGUCCAUCUCCUGGCGGCAGCGCAGUUUUCGUAUGGGAUAUACUUCCACUACUUCCGGGUGCACUGGCCCACGGAUUUGAUAGAUGAGGAUGAGCUGAAGGCGCGCUGGGGCGGCAAGUUCAAGUACCUUACUUUUUUGGACGUCAUUCUGCAGGCCAUCUACCACUCAUUGGCUCUGCUGAACGAUCUCUUCGGCGAUAACAAGGUCUCCGGGGAUUCAAAGUCCAUGUUGCGAUCGGUGAGGGACUACGUGUUCGCCGCCUUUGCCUUCCCUGUGGCCCACAAUGUCUGCCUCUCGUUUUGGGUCAUCUACGUAUGGGACCGUGAGCUCAUCUUUCCCUCAGCGCUGGAUGCGAUUUUCCCCAGCUGGUUGAAUCACGUGGUACACACGAAUGUGGCCCUUUUGGCCAUUAUGGACCUGUUUACCUGCUUCCGCCGCUAUCCGAGUCGAUUGGCGGGCAUCACGGGCAACGUCUCCUUCAUCCUGCUUUACAUCAUCUGGCUGCACAUUGUUCGCUACUUCAGUGGCGAGUGGGUGUAUCCCAUUCUGGAAGUGCUGCCCGCAUACCUGCGCUACGUGUUUUUGGCACUGCUUGUGGGGUUCAACCUGGUAUGCUAUCUGCUCGGCGAGUUCGCCAACAACGUCGUGUGGGGUCCGGAGUUUAAGCUCAUAAAUCAACAGAAAUUGAAGCAAGGCUAGGACUCGAGGAUUUAAAAUCGUUUAUUAGUUACACAAAGUAUGAUGUAUGAUUUUGUAAACUUGAAGGCACUUUCUGAGGUACGAUUUGUGUGCCCAAAGAGGCUUAUUUAUAUCGUACUUAAAUGUAUAAUCUACAUUCUAAUUCUAAGUCCUGUACCCACGGCAAAGAAAAUUAAUGAAAAUAAAUUAUUAUCCUCUUUGGCAUUUACUUUGGCGUGAGUACCAGGAUUAAGGAAACAGUCAUUCACAAACGUACACAGAGAUUCGAAUGCUUACAAGCUAGAUGGGAAGAUGAAUUUGUAAAAUAAAAUUUGCAGCUUAAUGACUAUGAGUAUUCGUAGUUCUAGUUUCGCUCAGUCUGUUCUAGUAAUCGAUUAAGAAGAAUCUAAAUGUUCAUCGCAUGUAAACUGCUCUGGCUUGUGUGCUACGAUUUCGUACUUGUUUGUUUUAAAUAUCAUUUCGGUUUCCAAUUCUUGUGAAAUCUUACAAAUCGUUGAACAAUUAAAAUUAACAAUAGUACAGUUUUCGUAAAAUUGAUAAGAUUUUUUGAAAUUUGAAAUCUUAAAGCAGAAACUACAAUAUUGUACGAGUUUUUGAACCUGAAGUAAAUGCAUCAAUUGCUCAUCUA